AUGGAUGAGGUCAAGCUGGCUUGUACAAGCUCAGAUCAAAUCAAAUCAAAUCAGACUCAGAUGGACGCCCUUCCAUAUCUCUGCAACCAAAUCUUACAGCUGCUCUGCACCAGACUUAGACAAACACAUCAUAGUAUACCAGAAUCUUCUUCACUGGCUCCUACACCUGUGAUGAAGCAAGAGCUGCGGCUCGUGCAGAGCAGCUCGUACUACUUGGAAAUACAACGGGAGGGUUUGCUACCAAACCACGGUUUGGUGGACAGUGACAUGGCAGCUUUCCUGCAGCAGAGGCUCCGGCAAACCCGACAGUACGUAAAUGAUUUUGAGAGCAGAUUGACUCGGAAUCGCGGCCGACUGAAGCUGCAGAACCAGCUCAUCUCCAACACAGGCAACUUACCCAUACUACAGCUCAGUGCAUCAGUGGACAUCAAGAUACCGGUGAUAUUUAACAGGUUUGAGUCCUGCACGACAUCAAACGCUGUGCAUCUGUGUUGAGAAGUCGCAGGCGAGCAGUCUAAGGAGCUGAACCAAAAGUUUGAGAUCAACGUAGAGAGCCUUUGCCCAACUACCACUGAACAUGGCCAGCUUACUAAAUCUAUAUGCCAGUCGUAUGACAUACAGGUCAGCAACCUGAUACCUGACAGGUACUAUAAGUUCUCUGUCAAGAGAACAGAUGCUGUAAACUUCUUGUAUGGACUGUGGAUUGACAGCAUCACCCUGAAGACCUUGAAUAUUUCCAAGUGAGAACAACCUUUUCAGACAUGA